AUGUUAAAUAAAACUUGUUCUCAGUUUGAAUGGAUUUCUUAUGAUAAAAUUGAUGAAGUAAUGGAUCGAAUUAAUUCUGUAAAUAGUGCUAAUUGUUUUCAAAAACAACCAAGUGAAUUGGUAUUACCUGAAGAAGCUGUUUAUCAAAAACCGUCAAUUGAAAUGCUUAAAAAAGAUAUUAUUAUGAGAAAUCGAACACAAUUAUUACAUGUACGAAAUAUUGCUCAUCGAAAUGCUCUUUUAUACAGUUAUUUAUUUCAACGUUUAUUCGAUUUUGAAGAACCUGGUUUAACAUAUAUACUUUUACAUAAUGCUGCCGAUAUAACUGGUGGUCGAGGUAUGAUAAAUGGUUCAGGAAUCUUUUUUGAUCAAGAUAAAUAUUAUCCGCAUUGGUAUAAAAAUUAUUUCAAUAAAACACUUCCAUUAUUUGGUCCGUAUGCUUGGCGAGCAGAUGAUUUCUAUGAUGCAUUUAAUUGGAAACAUGAAUGGACAAAUCAUACUAUUCAAGAAGAAGAUAUUGGUGCAGGUCGUAAUCAUCAUUAUACAUCACGAUAUAAUCGUGCUAAUGAAUGGUAUAGUAAAUGGUUACCUGAUCAAACACGAAAUGAUCAAGGACGAGAAGUUCGCCCUUAUAGUUUUAUAAUACCUCCACCUUAUUUGGCUGUUAACAACGACGACGAUGAAACGGAAAAAAAUGAAUGGAAAAUAAUUGAUGAGAAAAGAAAUGAUACUGAUGAUGAAGAUUAUAAUGAUGAUGAUACAACCAAAAAACGUAAACCUGUACAUUCAGUUCAAUUAUUGUUAGCAGAAAGAAUGUAUAAACUUCGUGAUGAACCACAAAAUUUUGAAUUUUAUGGACCACCACAUCCCGAAGAUCCACAAGGUCCUACACUUUGGACACGUCCAUAUUUUGAUUGUGGUCGAUCAAAUAAAUGGGUAAUAAGUGCUGUUUCACCUAUUGUUGAUAUAUAUCCACGACAUACAGAAUUUCGACAUUUACAAGCUAUGAAAAAUUUGGCUGUUGCUGUAGCAGAAAUUGAUUUUAUUAUGAUGGAUAUAAAUCAAUGUGCUGAAACAAAUGCACAAUCCAAUGAUCCACAAUCAAAACAUGCUAAUCUAUUUGCUGGAACAGAUAAAUGUAAACCAACAACACGUUGUGAACCAUUAAUAGGUUUUGGAUUUCGUCGUGGUGGUUAUCAAUGUCUUUGUCAACCAGGUUAUCGUUAUCCGCCAUAUCAAGAUGGACCAUUUAAAGGUUAUAUUAUCGAAAAAGCAACACAAGAAGAAUAUGUAAAUAAUUUUGAUUGUCUUAAAGUUGAAUUAUAUCAACAAAUCCCACAAAACUUCUAUCAAGCUAAUAUUGAAUUAUUUGCAAUGCGUGCACGUCGGUCAAUUGAUAACAAUAAUGAUAAUAUAUCAAAUGAAACAGUCUAUACUGAUUACAAUAAAGAUUCUAUUCCAUCAUUAAUUGAAUCUGUUCCAAAAAUAAAUCUAAUCGCAACAUUAUCAUCUUCAACUUCCUCUUUAUUUAAAUCGUCUGUUGAUCAAUUUGCUUCAUUUUCUAGUAAACUUAUUACAGGUUUUAAUAAUACUACGCAACCGGAAGAUCAUAUUAAAAAAACUCGUUCAAAACGUUUUGCAUAUGAAUAUCCAACACGUAUUGGAUCGAUAAUGCAACUGUAUGAUCAUCUUAAUCAUGAUCCAAAUUUAUGUGAAUUAAUGACUGAAGAUGACUUAACUAUGCCAGGUGAUGUUUUAAAUGAUGUUGAUAUUCAAUUUGAAUCUCAAGCACGUUUAGCAUUAACAUUAUCACAUUUUCUGUCGAGUUUCUAUCAAAUUGUUAAUCCUGCUGAAGAUUUUCCAUUACGUAAAGCUGAACUUGAAUUAACUGAUGAACAAUUAAUUGGUGAAGUUUUAGCUGCAGCAGGUGGUGAUUAUAAAGUUGUUGGUGUUGGAAUAUAUUUUGAUCGUGGGAAAUUUCCAAAUUAUCGUUUACCUUUUUUUGGACCUUAUGCAUAUAGAUCAGAAAAUGAUAUAAGUCGAAAAUAUACUGUUGUUGAUUGGGCAGGUUUACCUGAUGGUUAUGAAAAUGAAAUUUGGUUUCGAACAAUGAAAGCGCGAUGGGGAACCAACGCUGAUCGUUCAGAAUUAACUGAAUUUUGGUUAAAAUUAUUUAUUCGAUCAGAUUAUAUUGGUAAUGCAUUAGUACAUCAUGAAUCUGGUUUCCCACUUUAUUCUUAUGCACCAGAAUUAAAACAUGGUCAAUGGUUUCCACCAACAUUUCAAUGUAGUAGAAAUUAUACAUUACCACGUCAAUGGAUUGUUACUUAUGCAGUUCCGUUUUUUGGUUUAGAUACACUUGGAAUUAAUCUUGAAUUCAAAGGUGUAGUACGAGUUGAUGCAUAUCUUAACUAUUUGGAUAUAAAUCAAUGUUCAAUGCCUCAUUAUGUACCGAAUGCAUUUAAAGGCAGUGAUCGUUGUGAUUAUCAAAGCACAGUAUGUGAACCAAUAUUUGGUCGAGGUUUUCGUUUAGGUAAAUAUAAAUGUCGCUGUCGACCUGGCUAUGAAUAUCCAUUUAUUGAUCAAAAUGAUUUUUUUAAUGGUGAUGCUAUGGAUAUACAAUGGGAUCUAUUAAUGAGUAAUAAUUCUCAUAUUUCACGAUUUGAUCAACUUAAAUGUCGUAUUGCUAUGGCUAAUUCAAUAAAAUCAUUAAAUUGGAUUAUUUCAGUAUUAACAGUGUUUUGUACAAUGGUGCUCAAUCAAUAA